UCACCGGCAGGAGGCGCACUCUACGCCGGUCUUUGUAACGGUCGGUUCGUUCAAAUCUAACCUUCUACUGAAGAAAGAGCGGAGACAAACCGGACGACGGGAACCGACAGCCGGAGCGUGGAAGCGGAAUGACGGUGCUGCAGGAACCUGUCCAGGCUGCAGUGUGGCAGGCUCUGAACCACUACGCCUACCUGGACGCCGUCUUCCUGGCAGAGAGACUUUAUGCUGAAGUGCGUUCAGAGGAGGCUCUGUACCUGUUGGCCACAUGUUAUUACCGUUCAGGGAAGCCCUAUAAGGCCUAUCGGCUGCUGAAGGCCCACAGCUGCUCCACUCCGCAGGUUCGAUUCCUGCUCGCCAAGUGCUGCGUGGAGCUGAGCAAGUUGGCUGAAGGAGAACAGGUCCUGAUUGGUGGAGUGUUGAACAAACAGAAGAGUCAGGAUGACAUCAUCACAGAGUUUGGAGACUCCGCCUCUUUCACACUGUCGUUACUGGGACACAUUUACUGUAAGACAGAUCGAGUGGCCAAAGGUGCUGAGUGUUUCCAGAGGAGUUUAACUCUCAACCCCUUCCUGUGGUCGCCUUUCCAGAACCUCUGUCACCUAGGAGAGAAACCAGAUCCAGAUCAGGUCUUCAGGUUAUCCUCUUUACAGAACUGCUCUAUAGCCCUGCCCCCUCAGUCUGUUAGCCCCGCCCAGAAUCCAUCACAUCGCCUUGACACCGCCCUCAUGGAGACGCCACAGGACACACUGGAGUUGAAUCGUUUGAAUCUAGAAUCUUCUAAUGGUAAACUGACGCCAGAUUUGUCAGUUUCAUAUAUUGACUCCUCCCUCAUCACCCCAGAGACCGGCUCCCUAUUGGGCAGUACAGUUUCCAUGGCGUCAGCCGGCAGCCUAUUGGCCAAACAGAAUAAACCCAAGAGUGGCCGAAGUUUACUGGGAGGACCGUCUGCACUCAGUCCUCUGACGCCCAGUUUUGGUAUCCUGCCCUUGGAUCCCAGCCCUGGAGACCCCACAUAUCUACAGAACUACACCGCUACCAUGGAGACGCAGUCCACAGCAUCCAACAAGAAGUCUGUGUCCAGAAUCAGUCAGUCCAAAUCUGUCUUUAGUCAGAGCGGAAACAGUCGAGAGGUUCUACCAAUCCCAUUCAACCAGACGCAGAGCUCCGCCCCUCACACCAGUGGUUCUCCUCAGGUCCUCAGUCCCAGUAUGUCUGGUCCUCCAAAUGUUCAGCCCAGAAGAAGCUCCAGACUGUUCACUAGUGCCAGUUCUACUGCCAAGGAGAACAGUAAGAAGUUAAAAAUGAAGUUCCCUACAAAGAUUCCCAACAGGAAAACCAAAUGUAAAACAGCAAAGACUUCCAACAGCAGCAACCUGAACGAGAGUCUGGACAUCCUGAGACUGGAACCAGGACUGGGUCUGCCGGACCCUAAGAGCCAGUACCAGAGGGCCGCAGCAGACAGUGUGAUGGCGCUGCUGCGGGAGUUGGGGCGGGGCUACCAGGCGCUGUGUUCCUAUAACUGCAGAGAGGCCAUCCACAUCCUGACGGCGCUCCCUCCUCAGCACUACAACACCGGCUGGGUCCUGACCCACAUCGGACGGGCCUACUUCGAGCUGGCAGAAUACGCCCAGGCGGAGCGUCUGUUCAGUGAAGUUCGGAGGAUUGAGUCGUACAGAGUGGAGGGGAUGGAGAUCUACUCCACCACACUGUGGCAUCUACAGAAGGACGUGGCUCUGUCUGCUCUGUCUAAAGACCUGACAGACAUGGACAAGAACUGCCCUGAGGCGUGGUGUGUCGCAGGAAACUGCUUCAGCCUGCAGAGGGAGCACGACAUCGCAAUCAAGUUCUUCCAGAGAGCCAUCCAGGUGGACCCCGGUUUCGCCUACGCCUACACUCUGCUGGGACACGAGUUUGUUCUGACCGAGGAGCUGGACCGAGCGCUCGCCUGCUUCCGCAACGCCAUCAGAGUCAACAACAGGCAUUACAAUGCAUGGUAUGGUCUGGGGAUGAUUUACUACAAACAGGAAAAGUUCAACCUGGCAGAAAUUCACUUUAAGAAAGCUCUGAGCAUCAACCCCCAGAGCUCUGUGCUGCUGUGUCACAUUGGAGUGGUCCAACAUGCGUUGAAGAAGUCUGAUGCGGCGCUGGAGACUCUGAACCGAGCGAUCGGCAUCGACCCCAAAAACCCUCUGUGCAAAUUCCACCGAGCCUCCAUCCUUUUCGCCAACGACAAGUACAAGGCUGCACUUCAGGAGUUGGAGGAGUUGAAACAAAUCGUUCCCAAAGAGUCUCUGGUUUACUUCCUCAUAGGAAAAGUGUAUAAAAAGCUGGGUCAGACUCACCUGGCUCUGAUGAACUUCAGCUGGGCCAUGGACCUGGACCCUAAGGGAGCCAACAACCAGAUCAAAGAAGCCAUCGACAAGAGAUACCUGCCAGAGGACGAAGGUGCAGAGGUGGACGACAGUCAGGAGAGCAGCAUGACGGACGCAGAUGACACCCAACUGCACACGGCUGAGAGCGAUGACGUACUCUAGCAACGCCUCCAUCUGAAGCCCCGCCCCCAUUCUAUUUGACCCUGCCCUGAUUUCCCAGAGGAGUACUGUUGCUAGGCAACAUUGUGACAGACAGGUCCUUGUCCUUCCAGACUGCUGCUGCUGAUGUCACAGCCCCGCCCUCUUCCUCCAACUGUUUUUUAUGUUCUUUUUAUCAUCGUUACAAACAACCAAUAAAACAUGUAAACCC